AUGGUCAAGCUUGACAUCAAUGAGACAUCGCAGGCGCUCGCCGUCUUCGGCGGGUAUCUCAUUUUCUUUGGUCUCGUAUCUUUCUUCUUGAAGGACCGCCUCUUCAUGUCCGAAACACUGAUGGCAUUCCUAAUCGGUGUCGCCUUUGGGCCCAUUGGCGCUGGUAUCUUCUCGCCCAUCGACUGGGUGCACGGAGACGUACAUCAUCUCGACUACAUCACUUACCAGAUUUCGCGCAUCGUUUUGGGCAUCCAAGUCUUGUUCACCGGUCUCAACCUGCCGAAACAGUAUUGUUGGCGCGAGAAAACCAGCCUCGCAGUCCUCCUGUUUCCCAUCAUGACUGCCGCCUGGUUCACGGUCGGUCUCUUGGUUUGGGGCCUCAUUCCCGGUAUGACCUUCUGCGAGGCACUUGUUAUCGGCUCUUGCGUCACUCCCACGGACCCCGUCUUGGCCAACUCCAUCUGCAAAGGCCACUUCGCCGAGAAGUAUGUCCCGCUCGGCGUCCGCAACAUCAUCCUUGCCGAGGCUGGCGCGAAUGAUGGUCUGGGAUUCCCCUUUCUUUUCGUUCCUCUGCUUCUGAUUCUACGCUAUGAGCCAGGCAACGUGGUCAGCACGGUUGGUGGUGCCGUCGGUCAGUGGUUCUACGACAUCGUCGUUUACCAGAUCAUCCUGUCGUGUGUGCUGGGGAUGGUGAUCGGUUUCAUCGCACGCAAAGCGCUCCACCACGCCGAGAAGCACAGCCUGAUCGAACACGAGUCGUACCUCGCCUUCAGCGUCGCCAUAACCUUUCUCACCCUCGGCGUGGUCGGCAUCCUCGGCUCGGACGACAUCCUAGCCUGCUUUGUCGUCGGCAACGUGAUCAACUGGGACGACAGCUAUCGCGAGGGCAGCGACGGCCAAGCCUUCCAAGAAGUCAUCGACAGCCUUCUCACCAGCGGUGCUUUCCUUUUCAUCGGCGCCGUCAUGCCAUGGGACCACUUCGGCAGCUUCUGGAGCAUCACGCCCUGGCGCCUCGUCGCCCUCGGCAUCUGUGUGAUGCUGUUCCGCCGCCUCCCCUGGGUCUGGAUGCUCUCGCCCAUCAUCCCCGCGCUCCCGACGUGGCGCGAGGCCCUUUUCGCCGGCUACUUCGGGCCUAUCGGCGUCGGCGCACUCUUCUACGCCCAAGUCGCCCUCCACUGGGUCCCCCACAGCCGCACGCAGCUGCACGACACGGUACUCCCCGUCGUCUACUUCUUGAUCAUGACCUCGAUCAUCGUGCACGGCAUCACCAUCCCGAUCGGCAUGCUCAUGGAGCGCCUGAUGGGCUUUGACCCCGCCAAGCUCUUCUCCACUGCCGAUACGUCAGUGGACGAGAGCAGCCGCCGCGAGACCCCGGCCGCCCGCCCCACGCUCCCCAUGCACAACACGAGCUCGUCUCUGACCCUCGAGGUGGCGUCCACGAAGACCGCCGAGGACGCAAACCUCAACGUGUCCGGCAAGGUUGGUAAAGCCGGCAAAGCAGGCUCUAUCAGCGAGAGCUUCAUGAGCCUCAGGGAGGACAACGAGAGCAUCUGUGACCCCGAUCAAGGCCCUGCGUGGAGUCGCGCCUCGGAAGUCAGCGUCAACAGCCCGCCCGACGUCGGCUCUCACAAGGCGACCUCGCCUGUGUGA